GCCAGUGCGGUUUCGACUAGUGGUUGAUACGAAAAACCUACGAAAACUGUGAAACAAAACUUCUACCCUACAACCGUCAACAGCACGGAGCGACAAUGGAUUGGUUGAGAUUGUUCGCUCUUCUAAUAGCUGUUGCUUCAGUAAAGGUCCAGGCAGAAGGGCCCAAAAAGAAGAUACGUAUACAUCUUCCACAAAAAGUGAAGCACAUACACCACCAUAAGAAGAUUUACAUCACGAACCAUCCCGCAUCCUCCCAAUAUGCACCGGCCUAUUUACCAAGUGCGGAGGGUGCGAUGGCUUUGCCCAGUAAUGUUGCGCUCCCAGCCGUAGCCAGCUUGGUUCCUUUUAACUCCGUGGAACUCUACGACGAGCCGCAGACACGAUUGCCGGGGGUCACGCCGGCGGCCUCCAAACUCCUGCCGCUUUACAGAGCGAGAGGAUAUUAUGGCCCCACUCCAUCCGACUGGGAUGAACAAGAAUACGAUCUUUCGCCUCCGCCUGAGCACACAGACAACAACUACGCUGCCUCAGACUACACUGGACCUUCGGCCGGUCCACUACCGAUUCCACCAAAAAGAGUGAAAGUCGUAAAAUUUAACGAUAUUCCGCGUAAGAAGAAUACAAGGAAACCUAAGCCGAAGCGUCCGGCAGUCAGAACACCAAGACCCCCAACAGAAGAAGAACAUCCAGUGUCAAGUUUUCAUGAGCAAUUUUAUUCCGAUGUAGAUUUGUCAGGGACUAUCAGAAAAGUCAAGAAGCCACCACGUGUCGAAAAGAUUGUCGACGGAGACACCGAACAUAUCCACACAUACAGUGAAGAACACAUUCAUAAAGUAGUAUUUGACGAUGGGUCAAAACUAGUUGAUCCAGUUGGGAGUAUGUCAGCCAUUAGCGGAGCACGUCCUUUUAUUCCUUUUAACAAUGGCCAGGCUCUACUGGCAAUCCCGCCCAAUUCAUUAGGCGGUUUCUCUGCCGUUGGCUCAUUAGCAAACCCAGCUCAAUUAGAAUAUGCCGGUUACAAUCCACGUGAUGUCACUCACGAUCAUAUUUUCCAUGACCAUGGUGAGAUACCAUCUGAUUUAGAUAUAACAAAAGACACAUUAGGCUACCCGCCGAAAGUAUCAUACAAUAGCCAAGGCUUAAGAAUAAAUACAGAUGGUGCAAACAGUGCUAACAAUAAGAGGUUCAAAUAUAAGUAUGCUAAUAAACAUCCCAAACCAACAAAACCGACCCAAACUAACGAUUAUUCUUAUUAUGAAAGUAUAUUUACACCAUUCAACACUGGUUUAAAAAAAAUACCGAAGCCUAAAGUCCCACAGUAUGAUACGCAACCGCAGUCAAACUUCGAUGAUUUCAGGUCAAUUCCAUCAUUUAAGUUACCAGGAAAGCACAAGCCUCGUGCUUAUGGGAACAGUGUCUCUGACUAUAGGCUGCAGUCCGCCAGCGUGCCAUCGCCCUUCUCCGUGUCCUCGACCGUCGUACACGACUAUCAACCGAAAUCAUACACUGGCGCUCUACCCCCGACAGGAUUUUCAAAGUUUAAAGAUCCAUUCGUAAACUAUAAAGACGGUUAUGCCAAUAAUUACGAAUAUGAUACGUAUGCCUCAUCGUCAAAUGUUCACACUUCGGAAGACAAAAAUGAUAAUUCCAUUUUAUCUUUACAAGGUGCCAAGGGCAAGAAAAAAUCAGUAUCAACACAAAAUAUAAACUUUGGUGGACAGGACCAUCAGACUAUGAUUGAUCACUUGGAGGAGAGUGGCGUGCCCGCUGACCUUAACGAUGACGACACUCCGACAGCCUUAGAUAGUUUCAGCAGUUUCGACGAUAACAAACCGCUCGACCCAGUGCCGUCUACGCCCUACACCAUCCGGGAAACUUCACCUGCAUAUCAUUACUAUGCGUCGAUGGCUGCAAAAGCAAUGCAGAACGAACAAGCAUCUAUGCCGGAGGCUUCAAAUGACAACUUUCAAUACGCAGAAGCUCCGACGCAAUCUACGACACACGCGCCAUCAAUAGCAACUACUACUGGUUCAGCACAUUACUUUGAGAUGCAGAGUUCUAAUUCAGCGUCUACAGAACCUCCCGAAUUCAUGGCUGAGGCUGAGACGAGGCGGAGACCGAAACAAAAAGGCCUCAACCUCGGUCCGGACCGGGACUCGAGGCAAAGGUACCCGGUGCUACAGGACUACAAAGCCGAUGAUAGACCGAUGCAGCACAAACUUCACCAGGAAAAGUACCUCCACGAUUCCGACGCAGAAUCCAUUAGAGGACAGUUAAAAUAUGGUGACAAAAUUUGAACACUAGUGGUGCUUUAGUAGUUGUAUAUAGUUAUCGUGUGUAUUGUAGUAAUUGUUCGUGAUCUUAGUUCUAUAUUUGUUAUGCGCGUCGCCGUGAGUGAGUUGAUAAUAAUUUAAUCUACUGCUUUGGAACAUUUUAUUUAUUGCCGUGUUAAUAUAGCUAAAAUAAUCUUAUUCCGAUUAUUAGCUAUAAAAAAGCGAGACGACAAUGGUAUUCAUGCAUUUUGUACGAAUCAUUAGGCGAAGUGUAGUAUAAAAUUAAAAAGUC